GGAUCGUUUUGCUCUGUCAAGUCUCAGGGUGGCCCCCCCAAUCCCCUUCUCUCAGUCAUAUUCCGUACCCCUUCCCAACCCUUGUCAUCAUAACUUUUCUCUCAUCAUUCUUCGGAUCCCUCCUGCCGAUCCAUUCCUUUCGCUAUCCAACCAACGAGGGAACAUUCACCACCUGACUGAUUCCCCGCUGGGAAUUCUUUGCCUUAACACGACCCAGAGGGUUUUUCGCAUGGUUGGUCUUCAGCAGCAUUCCUUUUUACCUCACUGUUUCGUGACUGUGUUGCGCACCUUUUCCUUGAUUGCGUGCGCCCUCCACUGGGUUUCGAGUUAAGCUGUCGAAUCGUUCCUUGGACACACUGUCGCGCUUUCUUUCCUUUGUUCAAACCCAACAGCUGUAAAGAUGCUGUCAGCUCCAGUGAAGUCGGCCAAGCGUAUAUCAUCGCUUUUUUCCUUGGGGUCCAGCAAAGAGGCAUCGAUUCCCUCGUCGCCUGGGUCUCCCGGAGCCCCGAAGGCUUCCCCCGAUCAACAGACUCAAGAUGGACGUUAUCGAAGCAGCUCGCGAUCGGCUCGUUUAGCAUCUAAUCCAAUUAGUGUUGACUAUUCGGAAUCCCGAACGCCUAUAUCGCCAGUCCCGAAUGAUAGCUUUGACUUGGAUGCCCCUCUUCCGCCGCCCCCCUCACUUCUCGCCGUGAACCAGGAUCUAGCCGGAAGCGCGCCCGGUUCGCCAGACUCGAGACCCCAAAGUAGAGGCCGCAUAGCGAGUGGAAGCAGGCCUUCUAGCUCCGCGGGGCUCUUCGUGCCCGGAACUGGCCCUGAUUCACGUCCCGGAACUCCUUCGAAGAGAAGGAGCUGGAUUCCUGGACGGGUCCGGGCAAGCUCAGUAGACACUAGAACGGCACCCACGAGUCCUUCAUUACCUAGCGCUUGGAUUGCUGGGUUAGAUCAAAAAAUCCUAUAUGACCUGGAGCCUCUAUCCAGAGGGGAACAGAUUCCUGAACUGUGGAACGAGAAUGGCGACACCUACGUCUAUCUCUUCCCGCAGAAUACAGGCAGACCCGCUUCCUUCAGAGUCGAUUCGACCGUCUUUGCCGAAUCGCCAUCCCUGAAUUUCCUCGCCCGGGGGACCGACCCCCGGACCCCAGGAUCCAUCGAACAGCAAACUCGCAAUCUAUCACUGGCAUCCCCGGUCACGGGUCCUGCGUCACCGCCCCUGACUCCCCAAGACCGAUUGCCGGACAAUGACAAUGACAAUGACAACGACAGCACCGGUAGUAGGAGGAUGGCCUUCGUGGAAGAUGACGGGCAGGAUGACAUACAGGAACUUCAUCUCUACCUGCCUAUCCCCCUGAACAGCGAUGUUUCUAGCCCUAGUAGCCGCAUUUCACAAGAGGACACGGAAGCUCUGCUAUUAUUCCGUAAUCUCUUUGCUUUCCUAUUAGGACAGUCGCUAAUUGCAACGCCUCGCUCCCCUUCGCUUUUCGCUAUCUUUAUGGAUGUCGCCACACUACUCUCUCGAUUCGAAUUUACUAACUUCGACGGUUCCAACUUCGGCGAAACCGCAACCACGAGCUUCGGUAAUUAUUGUGACGAAUUACACCUGGCAGAUGUUCGCAAAAGCCGAGAGAAGACGAUUGAAGCGAUUGUUCUGGGAGAGCGUCUGCGCUUCUUCCCGCUGUAUCUUGAAGGCUUCGUACAUGGUGUAGGUAAAUUGGAUGAACUAAAGCAGCUGAGAAGUCCCAAGUUCGGUCUUAUCAGCGCUGCAACCCAAAAGCGACUGGAAAGAGGCUUCAUCGAUUUGGAUACGCGUCUUCGAGUUCUUUACGGCAAGCUCAAUGACUUCGAUUUCCCUUCUGCAUUUGCCGGUGCUGCCAAUUCGACCACGUCUGCCGAAAGCAAGGUGGUCCGCUUUAAAGCGUGGAGGGCAGCGUUCAUGGAUAUGCGACGCCAUACCAUCCAGUAUUACCGACAGAGAUAUGGCUCCUGGCCUCCUAAAGCGCGGUCUAAGAAAAACCAGUUUGAAGAGAACGGUCUUAAUCGCCGGGUCUUGAUGGAGCUAUAUAAUGACUUCGCUAACCUCUACGAUAUGCUGGUUGACCGGUCUUCCCUCACUACCCGAACUGUAGAUAUGGGUGCCGAGGAGGUAGCAGAAGCCGAUGACCUCAACACAAUGACAAACAGGGCACUCCGGCAGGUCUUGAGCGAGUAUGAUAGAAGCACACCGCCCGUCCAGCCUCCGAUUCCUUUCGAUAUCCCGCAGUUCCCCUCUCUGCAACCGCUACAGCGCAAGCCUAUGGAUGCCAAGAAGGAGGCCAAAAAGAACGCAAAAAAGCUCAAGGAUGCUGAUAUCAAUGCUGUCCUGAUGGGCUCCUACACCCGUGAGAGUCUCAAGCCGACGCCAUUCAUCGAGUCAUUUAUGCAAUUUGAGCGGCGGUGUGGCCAUGGGAAGACCAUCAACGACCUUAUAGAUCUUCGAUGUGGCCAAUGGAUUUUCCUGUACUGUGUCAUCCAGUCCCUUCCCCUGCUCGUGGUGGAUGUGCAGGAUGUCAAGUACACUGAUGGAGUCGAGUACUUCUGUUGUAUCGCCCCUCGGGGUGGUGCUCCUUGGAUUCAGAAUGAUGGUAAAGUGGCACGGAGUUGGUUUGGCGUGGCAGGCGGGGCCGGUGUCGUCAGUCUCCCGUCUGAUGUAGUCAUCAAUGGCGUGGAGGGCAUCUAUCGGCGUAGUCACUGCUGGCAGGUUGCUGAGCAAUGGGCGGAGAAGGAUGCCAUUUUGGCUCCCCCGACGGUUGAGGAUCCUUAUGACAACGAGUCGUCGCUGUCUUCGCCCUACCAGGCCCAGCAAUCGUCUGCAGGUUCGUCGGCAGAACAUCAACAGCAACAACCCACCCCCCUCCUGGCCCCAGGAGGUAAUGGCCUCACGCCUCCCCCAGUUAUCCCCCGGACAAACUCUCCAGCCUUGAGAAGCCGAGCGGAACAUCGACACUCAAUCUACCCAGGUCUAGAAGCACUUCCGCUACCAGCUGGCGUUGCCCCGAUUGACCCACCUGCCAGGCCCAUCAGCAGGUUCAAUCCCAACAUGAGUUUUGAUGACAUUUUGAAACAGGUCCCAAACCAGAAAGGGAAGAAAUAAAGACUAUGAACUAGUGUGUACAAUGUCUGGUUGAAGCCCUUUUCAUGACAGGGACACGGGUUCUACUUUUUUCUCUUUCUUUUUCCUCCCUCCCCCUUUCUCCCUCUUUCCUCUUACCUCAAAAUUUCUUCUCCUUUCUUCCUCUUCUCACAUCAAGGCCACGGAUCUUUUUUCCCUUUAUCUUGCAUUAUUAACUGCGUGCCUUUUCAGCUUUCGUGUCUUUUCCUCGACGCCAUCGGCUCUUAAUACUUCAUCCUCUUCCCCCUCUUGUUCGUAUUUAACGUCGGUUAUUGACCAUUAUGGGCGCACAUAAAUCUAUUUGGACCACAAGGCUGGAAUGGCGUAAUUACAAAUCUAUCUGACUCCCAGGCCUGGAAUUGAAAGAGAAGAUGGGUGCUUCACUUUGACUAUAGCGUGCAUUAAACAGAAUGGCAAGAUUGCCAUGGUUUCGAAGAUCUCUGUCUUAGCACUGCGUUCCUUCACCAUGCAAGCAUAUAAACCUUUCUUCUCUUCUCUUUGUUUACGUUCCUUUUUUUUUUUUUUUUAUUUCUCCCUUUUUCUCCUUGGCGAAUUCCCUUGGAAUUCUUCUCUCGACCUGAAGACGGUCUGAUUUGAUGUUAUUUACUAUGAGCCUGAUAGAGAUAAUGGUCCGUGUUGGACUGGUAAUAUAAUAAACCCCUCCUUUUUUUGGGCAUUAUA